AUGGAUUCAGAUUCUGACGACGAUUUUUGUGCCUCUGAAGCGGUGAAAUACGUUAUUCUCAACUCGGAAAAAAGGUUUGGGAUUCACCCAAUUAACCGAGAACGCGCGCAAUAUGGGGAGUACCACACUCUGUACCCCCAGUUACGUGCCGACCCGGGUAAAUUUAGGAGUUACCUACGCAUGUCAGAGGACACAUUUAAUUAUAUUCUGAAACUUGUGGAACCAGAACUGAUGAAAGAGUGGAGCAAUUUUAUCAAAACCCCGAUAACUCCAAGAGAAAAGCUGUUCAUUACAUUGAGGUUUCUGGCCACUGGAAUUUCUUACAACGCAAUACAUUUUUCAUACCGCAUCGGAGUAUCUACAGCCGCAGAGAUUGUUAAGGAAACAUGCCGUGCGAUAUGGAACCACCUUCAGCCUUUGCACAUGCCUCAACCAACGGAACAAUCAUUUUUGAUGGUCGCACGAGGCUAUUGGCAGUUGUGGGACUUUCCCAAUUGUCUCGGCAGUAUCGAUGGCAAGCACAUCCGGAUCCAGUGCCCUCCCCAAUCAGGUUCGAUGUACUUUAACUAUAAAAAGUUUUUUUCGGUGGUCCUACAAGCCGUAGCUGAUGCGAACUACAAGUUUGUUACAAUUGAGGUUGGAGCUUUUGGGAAACAGAGCGACGGAGGAACAUUCAGGGCAUCUACUUUACAUGAUCUGAUGAGAACCGGACAGCUCGGGAUCCCCCCAGAUGCUCCACUACCCGGAUCCAACAUUACUGCCCCAUUCGUUCUCGUCGGGGAUGAGGCGUACCCCCUCUUGCCAAACUUGCUGAGGCCUUUUUCCCGAAGAAAUUGUGACGAAAAGGGCGAAUACUUUAACGAAAGAUUGUCCAAAGCUCGUAAGUGCAUUGAAUGCGCGUUCGGUGGUAUUAAUGCAAAAUGGCGUAUUUUGUGGAAGCCCAUCGAAACCGAUGUAACAACUGCUGAACUGAUAACGAAAGCCAUAUGCGUGCUACAUAACACUAUUAUCGACCGUGAAGGUACAGCUGAAUUGUUGAGAGAAGUCGAAUAUUUUCAACAGCAUAUUAGGCCAACCCGUGCCAGACGAUCUAAUCCCGUGAAUGUAAGCAGUGGACGAGUCGUCCGAGAGAAGUUCUCGGAUUUUGUGUGGAACAAUAAAAUUUGAAGGUGUAUCAAACUGAAUUCGCGAUUUAUUCAGAUGGAAUUGAUUAUAGCACUCUAAUAACGAUACAAUAAAAGUUAUCUCAGUUAAAA